AUGGCGCCUCGCCUCUGGUCAUGCUUCCGCCACAAGCACGCCGGAGCCCCUCACGACGGAAACGGCGCGGCCGAAGAGGCGGCGGAGGGUGAGGGACCGGUGCUGGUGGAGAUGUUCACGUCGCAGGGGUGUCCCACAUCGCCGGCGGCGGACCUUCUGUUCUCUCGGUUGGGGAGAGGUGACUUCCAGCUGGCAGGGCCGGUGGUGCUGUUGGCCUUCCACGUGGACUAUUGGGAUUACAUGGGCUGGAGGGACCCAUUUGGGUCCAGCCAGUGGACCGUUAGACAGAAGGCCUAUGUUGAGGCCCUUGGGCUUGACACUUUGUUUACCCCACAGGUUGUAGUACAAGGCAAGGCCCAAAUCCUUUUAAAUGACGAGAAUACCCUCAUAUCUGCCAUCUCCUCUGCUCCUAGGUUCCCUGCGCCCCGCUUCCAGGCAACUUUCAAUAGGCCUACAUCAGAUUUUUUGGAAGUCACCCUAAAUGGAGCAUUGAGGAGCAAGGUGGACUGUGAUGGUGCAGAUAUAAUGGUAGCACUAUACGAAACUGGUUUGGUUACUGACUGUCCAAGAGGGGAAAACAAAGGGCGUGUUCUAUCCAAUGACUAUGUUGUUAGAAAACUCGAAAAGCUCUGCACUGUCAAAGACCACCCUGCUAAGAAGACAAUAUCGGGAACAGUUAGUUUUUCCCUGUGGGAUACAUUCAACUGCAGCAGGUGUGGCCUGGCGGUAUUUGUUGAAAGCAGCUCUCAUGAAAUUUUUGGUUCUCAGAAUUUUCAGAUUCCUGAUGAUAUAUGUGAUACUCAGUAAUUAGUUUUUUAAGUGAUGAUAUAUAUGUACAGGACGAGUUCUGUUUUAACGUAAUAUUGGAGAGAAAAAUUGAAAUUGUGGCCUACUUUGUUGUACCUGAAACACAGCAUAUAGUUUGUUUCUUCCUAUAUUGGAGACACGUUACGCUAGUUGUCUGCUAGAUUCGAUUGCGCAUCAUUGGCGAAUCAGUUGGCUUGCCCUCUUUGGUGGCUACCAACGUCCCAUUUUAUUUAAUUGAUCUAUUACACGAUCAUUAUUUUCAGUAAUACCCAAGAUAGGACGCUAAACAUACACCGAAUAGAAGUAGCUUAGGUUUUGAGAAAUUAAAAGAAAUUCAUCCACUUUUAAAAAGCACCAUAAGAUGCAUGCGUUGGGUGGAGGGGAGAAGGAGGAGCGAGUAGCUAGUGUGCAAAACAAUUCUAUGAUGACCUAUGUUUGAUCAUAACAAAGAUGCAG